AUGAGUCAACUUACGUUACCAGAGAAAAUUAGAGUACUUGGGUGUGCAUGUUUUUAUGAAUGUAUCAAUUUAAAUAAAUUGCUAAUUCCCCAAAACACAGAGAAAAUAGAAAAAGGGUGUUUCAGUUUUUGUCACAAUUUGAAAACAAUUCAAAUUCCAUCAAAUGUGACAAAAAUAGGAAAAGAAUGUUUUUGUGAAUGUUGCAAUUUGUCUUCAGUAACUUUGUCCACAAGUGUCACAAAAAUUGGGAAAAGCAGUUUUUAUGGAUGUAUCAAUUUGGUAUCAAUUAACAUCCCAACUUCCGUUUUACAACUUGAAGACGCUUGUUUCUAUGGCUGUUCUAAAUUGAGUGUCAUCGACAUCCCUGAAAAUGUAUCUGAGAUUGGGAAGUGUUGUUUUUAUGGAUGUUCCAACUUGAUGUUAUUUCGAAUUCCAAUUAAUAUCGCUCAAAUAUGUGAUUCUUGUUUCAGUUACUGCUCCAAAUUGAGUCACAUCGAUAUACCAAACACCGUUUCUCAAAUUGGCAAAUGCUGUUUUUAUGGAUGUGCAAAUGUAAGUUCACUCAGAAUCCCACAGAAUGUGACUGAAAUUGGAUGUGCAUGUUUCUAUGGGUGUGUAAAUCUGAAUAAUAUUCGUAUCCCAAAAAAUACAAUAAAAAUUGGCGACUUUUGCUUUGGCAAUUGUCCUAAGCUACGUACAAUUUAUAUACCAAAAACAACCAAAUACAACGAGUUCUGUUUUUAUGGAGUGCCUAAUACAACUUCAGCCAAAAUUAUAAAAUACGACUCAAAACCAAGAUGCGUCAGUGUGUUAUGA